AUGGAGAUGUGUCUCAGGGUGUUCGAGCAAAUCAGUGCCUGGGUGGCCAUCUCUGGCUGGAUUUGUGCCAUCUUCACAAGGACCCUGCCCGUGUGGAUCGUGACUGGAGUUGUGGAUAAUUCCACAGAUACUCUGUCUUUGUACUGGGACGGAAUCUGGUUGAACUGGCAGGAUCGGAGUAUAGAAGACAUGCAUUGCCACUUUUACCAGUCACUUUUGCCCCUAGCAGGGCGCUUUAACUCCUGGAAAAUUUCCAUCAAUGUUUUGCUUGGAGUGGGAGCCAUUCCAAUCAUGAUCUACAUAGUGUCGGUGACCUUCCUCUCUCGGAACGUGCGGAUCAAGGCAGCAGCUGGAUCCUUUUUCAUUUUAUCCGGGCUUCUGAUGCUGGUGAUUAUGAGCUGGAUCACUCAUUUCACGAACAGUGAUUUGGACACAGCCAUUACUUUGAAAAGAGACUGGGGAGCAGCUGUGUAUUUCGGGUGGAUUGGAUCGGUCUUCUUUCUGAUUGGAGGAGGAAUGCUGUGUGCUUGGUGGUGGUUUAAACCAGCUCCAUUGCCACAGGGACAAAUAAUGACACCAUCUGCACCGCUGCAAGAAAUGGCGGAUCCGCUCUUUGCAAUGCAUCAUGAUGCCUUUGUUCCAAGUAUAUACGGGCAAACCACCAGACCCCUUUAA